AUGGGACGUGCACUCUACAAAGUAACGACGAAUAUAUCUGGUGAAUUUGUCACAGAUGGAGACGGUAUUGUGAUACUUACCAGUCACAACGUUCAAAAUGCAUUGAAACGCAGUGCAGCCCCGUUGACUAGUACCAGCAAGCAUAAAGGCGAAUUGGUCGGUUUAGCGCUAAGUGAAGCUCACGUGUGUCAUUACACCUCAAUCUUUCAAACACGGAAAGCAUUAAAUUAG